AGCUAAGCCCAAGUAGUAAGGAUACUAUUAAAAAAAAUAAAUCAUUUAGUUUAUUGAGAACGGUAUAUAUGAUUGUAACUACGUAAAAUACUGUUACACUUGUUAACUGUUAGACAGACAGACAUCAAUAUAGAGCCUGGGCCAGAUGUGUGUUACCAUGGUGCCAUACCCGACUACCAUGACGAGAGGGAAACGAUAAAAGAGAUCGAAAAAGUGUAGUAGUAAUGAUAAAAAGACAAAUCACACAUUAAGAAUAUAAUAUGAAAAUACAGAUUCGGGUUACUAAAAUCCAUGACUGAGAGAAAUAUAAGGAGUGAAUGCAUCAGGAUCACUAUCAACGCUCCAGAGACAUGUUAUUCAAAACCUCUAACUAUUGAUCGUGGUUAUCGCACAGACCACAAACACAUAGUCUGCACAUACCGACAGGUACAUAUAUCCCAAUUGUCUAUGACUUCAUUGACUGAUCUCAGUUUGGGGUUUGGCCACUAUCAACUCCCUUUCAAUAAACUCCCACUUCAGCAAGCAUUACGCGUUGAGGUAGGCGAUAGUUGGGCACAUGAAAUACAUGAUGAAAAUUCACUAUUUUGUCAAAAAAUUUAUCAUCUUUAUCCAGUACCAUGCAUCUUAUUUAUUCAUUUGAACACAUAA